GAUGUUGUGGGAUCCCUAGCUAGUGGUGGCAUUGCAGGCAUCCAUGGGUUCUAUAAAUAUGUGUGCAAUGCAGCCUUCUCUUGCAGACCACCACGGCCGGGUAGCUAGCUGAGUACCAAAACCACCUGCAAAGUGCAAACCCAUCGAAACACUCUGCUCUGCUUGUAGCUAGCUAGCAGCCAUGGCUUCUACUACUUGUUGCCUUAGCCUGUUAGUGCUGGUAGCGCUGGCCUCGGUGGCGUCGGCGCAGCUGUCGUCGACAUUCUACGACACGUCGUGCCCCAGGGCCCUGGCCACCAUCAAGAGCGCCGUCAACGCGGCGGUGGCCAAGGAGGCUCGCAUGGGGGCGUCCCUGCUCAGGCUGCACUUCCACGACUGCUUUGUCCAAGGCUGUGAUGCGUCCAUUCUGCUGGCGGGGAACGAGCAGAACGAUCCUCCGAAUUUAACUCUGAGAGGCUUCGACGUCAUCGCCAACAUCAAGGCGCAGGUGGAGGCCAUCUGCAAGCAGACCGUCUCCUGCGCCGACAUCCUCGCCGUCGCCGCCCGCGACUCCGUCGUAGCGCUGGGAGGGCCGUCAUGGAGUGUUCCGCUGGGGAGACGGGACUCGCCCAAAGCUGCAAGCACGAGCACGGUAAAUCAGUUUCUGAUCCCCCCUACAGCUAGCCUCGCCGAACUGAUUAAAGGGUACGGCGACUUGGGCCUCAACCCAACCGACAUGGUUGCCCUCUCAGGUGCUCACACGAUCGGGCAGGCGCAUUGCCCGAGCUACCAAGACCACAUCUACAACGACACCAACAUCAACCAGGCGUUCGCGACCUCGCUCCGGGCCAGCUGCCCCAUGACCGGCGGCAGCAACGUCAUGGCGCCGCUGGACACGGCGACGCCCACCGCGUUCGACAACGCCUACUUCAAGAACCUGCUGUCCCAGAAGGGGCUCCUGCACUCGGACCAGGAGCUCUUCAACGGCGGCAGCACCGACAACAUUGUGCGAAACUUCGCCUCCAGCCCGUCGGCGUUCAGCAGCGCCUUCGUGACGGCCAUGGUGAAGAUGGGCAACCUCAGCCCGCUGACGGGGACGCAGGGGCAGAUCAGGACAACAUGCUCCGCCGCCAACUCCUAGGAAGACGACGACGACGAUAUUAAUUACAUAUGUGAAAAAUACGAGGACCACACGAACGAAUAAUAAGCUGAUCGAUCCUGCUCACUACAGCCAAUAUCAAAUAGCGCAUGCCUGCAUGCUUUGUAUAAGCUGAUGAAAUACUAGCGUGCCGGCCAUCUCGCUUUCUUGAUCCAUCAAGUCUUACAUGGAACAGAGAGCGUGCGCGUGGCGUGGCAUGCCUACACGUGUAAUAACAUUCUCUUGGCUACAAGAAGGCAUGGAGGAUUACGUAUUUACGUACUACUUACACU